AUGCCGACCCACAGCACCCUCCACUCCAAGACGCAGCACCUCCUCCUCGUUCUCCUCGCAAAGACUCUCCGACCCAUAAUAGUCACGCUCGCCCGCCUCGCCGGCACCCCAAAAGCGACCCCAGACUCAAUCCAUUACGUCCCAGUCAACACAAACAAUACCACAGACCACACAAUCAAACUCCACAUCUAUAAUCCUUCCUCUUCUAUUUCACAUGAAGAUCCUAGUACACCAUCCUCCGUCCUAAUCACUUGCUGCGGCUCUGGCUUUGUCUUACCGGGCCACGGCCUCGACAUGGACUACUGCCGGUACAUCGCCGAUACAACGGGCCACACCGUUCUAGAUGUCGGGUACAGACUCGCUCCGGAACACCCGUUUCCCGCAGCCCUCGAAGACGUUGCGGCGGUCGUCUCGCACGUCCUCUCACAACCAGCCAAAUACGACUCAUCCCGUAUUUCCAUCGGGGGCUUCAGCGCAGGAGCGAACCUCGCGACAUCGGUUGCAGUCAACAACUUUCCAGCGGGGACGUUCAAGAACCUCAUAACAUUCUACCCGGUCCUCGACGCGAGUAUCCCCGCCGCGACGAAGAUAGCGGUCGUCCCCGUGGCGCUGAGGAAGCCGAAAUACGGCGGUAUGGCUACUGUGCCUGUUCUCGCCAUGCGGUUCUUCCAGGCGUGUUAUGUUUCCUGUAUCGAGGCGGAUCUGGGCGAGAGAGGUCUGUGUGAUCCGAGGGUUUCGCCGGUUUAUGCGGCUCUCGACAGGUUUCCGAGGCGGUGUCUGUUUGUUACGGCUGAGUGUGAUGGGCUAGCUGCGGAGGUUGAGGGGCUUGCGGGAAGGCUGAGGGUGGAGAGACGCGGUGAGGGUGGUGGUGGGAGGGAGGGGGAUGUUGUGAUUUUUAGGGUUGCUGGGUGUGGACAUGCGUUUGAUAAGAGGGUCAAGGCGGGGAGUGAGAUGGAGAAAGUUAAGAUGGAGGCUUAUGAGGCUGUUGCAAGGUUUUUGAAUGGAGGCGAGGUGUCUGGAGUGGAGCCUGAGGUUGGGUCUGAUCUUGCUGCGAGAGCGGUUGGUUUUGUGUAA